ACACUUCCAAGCCUAAAACAUUAAAACUAUUAAGGAAAAAAAAAAUGAAUGGUGAAAUAUGCGUGGUAAAGACUCUGAAAAAAAUCUGUAAUGGACUGAAUCCGCAACAGGUGAACCGCAAUAUAGCGAGGGAACAAUCACAGCCAGUAUAUAUGAACCAUAAUUGCCUCGUUGCUUUGACAAAAGUCAAUUGUGAUCGUCUCCAGUUUGUUUGUUUUAAAUUUUAAAUUUCACUUCGGUGGCAGCACUUCGGAGGGAACGUGAGAGAGUCCCCGCGAGAAGAACGCACACGCGCAGAUUCGAACUUGGAACUUUCCAACUAUGCGACAGACGUGCAGAGCACCCCCCCACCCCCGCACGCAGACAUCCAGGUGCGAGAAGAAGAAGAGCGCAUUUUUCCUCCCUUCAUCAUCCAAAGCAAACACACUGACACGACGUGCAGGUCCUCCUCCACUGAGUCAUUUCCAAAGUCGACCCGGCGGAACCGAACAGAACCACACACCCAUCUUCACUGGAAGUCAUCUUUUGAAUUGAUUUUGUAUUUGAUUAGAUUUGUCAUUUAUUUAUUAUUACUAUUUCUUUUGUGGGGGCUGAAGUUUUAUGAAGCUCCGUCGGCGGUUCCGAGGAAGCCACUUUUGGGUCGCGUUCGUCGGGAGACUUGCGACAAUGAAGACGUUAAGCACACCGCCGGACCCCUCCUCAGUCACCUCUUGACCGACUUCGCUGCUUGCGCAUGAACAUGCGCCCGACGGGAGAUCGGAGCUGGAUGAUGAACUUUGAUUGACUUCACACUUUUCUGGACACUUUGGUCAUUGAAAACAAGAAGGGGAUUCUGUUUGAAUUAGCUGGAAGAUCCGAAUCGAGCGCUCAAACAUGACGGUUCGCCUGUCUGGGAUCCAACUGGCUCUCUUCUUCAUCUUGCUGUGCCCGGUCAAUAUCAUCGGACUGUGGUGGGCGGUGGGCAGUCCACUGUUGAUGGAUCCUAACAGCAUAUGCAGGAAGGCAAAGCGUCUGGUGGGGAAGCAGGCCGAGCUCUGUCAGACUCAGCCGGAAAUCAUCAGCGAGGUGGCCAAAGGAGCCAGGCUGGGCAUUAGGGAGUGCCAGUACCAGUUCAGGUACCGCCGGUGGAACUGCACGAGCCACAACAAGUACUUUGGCAAAAUACUGCAACAAGAUAUCCGAGAGACGGCGUUUGUCUAUGCCAUCACGGCAGCCGGUGUGACCCACGGGGUGACGCAGGCGUGCAGUAUGGGAGACCUGCUGCAGUGUGGCUGCGAAGCCACCAGGAACAGAGCCCCCCCGAAACCUCUGUCGUCCUCCUCUGGUGACGGAGUCAAGUGGGAGUGGGGCGGCUGCGGAGACGACGUGGAGUUUGGUUAUGAGAAGUCCAAACAGUUUAUGGAUGCCAAGAGGAGACGAGGCAAGAGCGAUAUCAGGACGUUAAUUGAUCUGCACAACAAUGAAGCUGGGCGACUGGCAGUGAAACUCUACAUGCGGACAGAGUGUAAGUGCCAUGGACUGUCCGGCUCUUGCACGUUACGCACUUGCUGGAAAAAGAUGCCUCAUUUUCGUGAGGUGGGCGACCGCCUUCUGGAAAGAUUUAACGGGGCCUCCAAAGUGAUGGGCGGCAACGACGGCAAGACCCUGAUCCCCGUAGGCCAGAACAUCAAGCCCCCGGACAGGCAGGAUCUGAUCUACUCGGACGAGUCGCCCGAUUUCUGUGUGGCGAAUCGUAAAACGGGUUCACUGGGGACGCGGGGGCGCAUGUGCAACAGCACCGCCAUGGACAUCAGUGGCUGCGAUCUGCUCUGUUGCCAGCGUGGCUACCGCGAAGAAACUGUGGAUUUGGAGGAGAACUGUCUGUGUCGUUUCCACUGGUGUUGUGUGGUCCAGUGCAAGAAGUGCUCGGUCCGAAAGGAGCUAAGUCUCUGUCACUGAUGAACUGGAGUCAGAUUCCCCUAACUUCUUGUAAUUUCUUAUUAUAUAUAUAUUUUUUUUGCAUUGGUUUUUGGCAGUUGUAAAGUAAGAUUCUGACUGUGUUGUUAUCUUUUUUGCACCUGUCCUGCUUACACCAUUCCUUAGGAAGCUAAAUUUUCCUGGCAAUACUAUUGAUUUCCUUGAUUUCUGUUGAAAGCUGAAUAGAAAAACUCAAUAGGCGCUUGACAAUGACAUAUGAGUAAAACACAGAAAUAUCUUUUUCGGAACUACCUAUUUUUUUGGACAUUUUUUUGUCAUAGAAACGAACCAAAGAAUGUGAAUGUGUGUAUUUUCUAGCUAUAGUAAAAUCAUACCCAAAAAUCUGCGAGGUGUGUCAGAAAGGUUCUGGGACUAGCGUCCAAAAAGAAAAAAAAACAUUUCCAAUCCAGACUACAACCUACAAAUGUUCCCCCUUCGAAGUAAUGCGCCUGAAGUCUAAUCCUGUGUUAUACCGAGACGAACUUUCCCCUUGCUUUACUGGUGCCAGUUUGACCCUGAAGUUGUGUACAAAGCGAACAUGAAUUCGAUUCAUUCGCGCCUCACAUACUAGAGAAGAAGAGGGGCUUUCCCUGGUAGAUAGCAAAACCAUUUCUUAUAUUUCUCAAUAGAGAGAGAAAGAGAGAUUGUGUGUGUGUGUGUGUAUCAGAGAGCGAGAGAUACCCCCAGAGAGAGAGAGAGAGAGACACACACACAAUAGAGAGAGAGAGAGAGAGAGAGAGAGAGAGAGAGAGAGAGAGAGAGAGAUUGUCUGUGUGUGUAUCAGAGAGCGAAAGAGACCCCCAGAGAGAGAGAGAGAGAGAGAGAGACAGACAGACAGAGUGAGUGAGUGAGUGCGUAUUACGUGUGGCUAAUGCUAUUGCUAGCUUGGUUCCCAGUAAAGUAAACUGACAGCUGUACACAUAUCAACAUAUUUUACUUACCAGAUACACCUUGCUCAUCAUUCUCCAGGCCUGCUCUUUUUUCGUACAGCAGCAGGUAUUAUCCAAACCUUCCAGCUGCCCACAAACAGCACCGAUCAUUUUAUUCUCUGCUCAGCAACUCCAGGACAUAUGUGUAGCCACUCAACGCCGAUUGGGUGGCGCGACAUAGCGUCAUGCAAAUUUGUCGCUCGAGUUGGAAUUUUCCAACUGGCCUGAAUCAAUGAAGAAGCUCAUUUUUGUGUGUUCGCCCCGCUCAUGUCGCGUCAAACGCAUCUUUCGCAUGACCCGGCAGAAAUUAGUGCCUAUUCUCGCAUUUGCAUUGACUUCAUACGUCGUCUGACUAGUUCAGUGUGUGGCUGGUGUGAAUGCAUUUUCCCAGCCUUUUCUGGCACACCUUGCACCAUGCAGUCCUGGAAGGAUACUUCCGGAAUCGGUGCUGGAACUUUUCGGACAGACCUCGUAGAUCGAGCAGGGCAACAGCAGCACUUGAAGUGAACUGCUCUCUGAAUUUGAGUUUAUUUUUAAAUGAUCAUGAGCCAACAAUACAGUACAUUGUCACACUGACACCUUAAGGGUCUCAAAUGAUCCUCAUUGGUACUACAUGGUAUGCAUUCCAUUUAAUCUCUACAUACAGUCUCUAAGCACAGUGGGUCGCAUAAGAAAGGCACUAAAUUACAUCUAGAUAUUUAAGAGUCUAAAUCCAGCCUCACAGUUCCAUCAAGCACUACAGUUCAGUUCAUUUGAUGAGGAAGAAAAAGCUCUAAUCUGGAUUGUGUUCUCACUACAUUAGUAAAUAAUUACAUGUAGUAUGGAGGGGAAGAUUCUGAGCCCUUAGAUAUUGUACCCCAAAGGUUAGUAACCUAAUGGAAGUGUGCCAAUAAGUGAGUUUGAGCACUCAUGGUUGUUUUGGUAUCCAUCACAAAGUUUGGCAAUGAAAUGACAGAAAUUUGGUUUCAGGUAUCAGUCAGACAGCUGUCAUUCAGCCAUCAGUAUUUGACAGCUUGGGUUUGGCAGUUUUUGUAAACUGAUCAUUCCAUUGCCCAAAAUUCACCAAUUGACAUUGGAGCAAGAAGUUUUUCGCUAUCCGUGGCAAUUGUCUCUAAACAGGUUCAGUUCUUGACAAACCACGCAGCGGAAAGCCUGCUACUACCACCACUAAUGAAAACACAGAACUCUUAGAGCAGGCAUUCACGCAAAACCAGCAUAAGUCUAUCUGAAGGGCUGCACUGGAACUCAUCAUUAACAAAAGCUCGAUGCAGCUGAUUUUUCAGAGAGUGAUGAAGCUUAACCCGUACAGAUUUCGGGUUUUUGAGCAUCCUAAACUUCCCUUUGAAGCCUUUGCACAACCUGAAGUCACACGGAUUGCAAAAAUGAAGCAGUGCGAUGGCCACAAAGCUAAUCACACUUGUGCUGAAGUAAAGUCGCAACGCUGCUCCAAUGUCACUUGGUGAGACAAGGACAAGGGAAUAAUAUGCUUUAAAAAAGUGCAAAGCCUAAACUGUCAAAUACUGAUGGUCUCACAUCUGUCCGAAUGAUACCCGAACAAAAUGAAGCAUAUAGUGACUUUUGGGACACGCUGUUUACAGAAAUAAUGAUGAUCUCAACUCAAUUUUCAAUGUGAAACCUCGGCCAAAGUUAUUCUGAUGUAUGAAAGGCAACAGUUUAACACAGGUUAAUUGUAUCAUCUGCCAUCUAGUGGAAGAGCAUUUAAUUGUUCUGCCUGUCACUAUAUGUCGCUUGCACAGAUAGUGGAGAUGAACAUAGUAGUAGAUUAGAAUUUUUGGACCAAUUAAGUGAAAUUGGAAAAUGGCACACGUGAUCUCUCACUCUAACACUGUGGUAGGGAAUCACUGAGGACAAGCGGUACAGAGAAGAAACAGAUGGACAUGUAUUCAACUGAACUGAUCUGUAUUGCUUGGUGAGAAGAGACAUAUUUGCCCCGAACUCCUUUUUGUUGCGCUGCUGAUCCCCCCCCCCCCCCCCCCCCCAAAUAUAGAAAAACACUUUUAAUAUCUGUUCCCUAUUACCGUAAUGAAUCUGUCAUGCAAAAUACUUCAUAAAAGUGAAACUUUGUUUAUCUCUCUCCAAGUCCGUUUUUCAGCACCGCCAAUGCAGCUGUAGACUCGACCGACCGGCAGUGACAGUUAUUUAUAUAAAGAUAUGAUGACAAGACUACUCACUUCCAUCUCUCUCAGAAGCACUUUGAAUAUCACUGCAUUGGACUGAAAAGGUUUGUAGGAAUAUCUUUGGGGUUGGCAAUUUGUUCGAAACCAAAAUCUCUAUUGGUACGAUAUUGUUUGCGAUAAGAAAACAUAAUGAUGAUGAUAUACAGGGCUACUUUUAUUAUGCACUUUUGGUGGUUAGCUUUUUAAAAUGUAAAUAGCAUUUGUGUGUGUAUAUCUGUUCAUACAAGGUGAAUUUAACAGUUAAAAUCAUCUCUGUAGUCACUUUAAAAAACUCAGAAUACUCCCAAGCAGUGUGAACAAUUCGAUGAGAAAUCUUUUGUGCGUCUGUGAUUGUGUCUGUGGGUGGACUGAUUAUCACCAUUUCAUGCAACUGAUGUUGACAUAGGUGUGUCAGACAAGUUCCAGGAUUGGUUUCACAAAGUGCCUUGAGAUACAAGUUUAAUUUGUCCCAUUCGCAAUUCACCUACUGCGGACUCAGUGCACUGCAGAUUUUUUUUCAGAUUCAUAUUGUUCAUAAUUCGCAAUAUCGCAGGCUUUAGAGUGCAUGCUGUUAUUUAAGGGGUAAAAUAAACACUUUCUAACCUAAAACAUCUAAACUAAGAAAAAAAAAAACAUUAAAACACAUUACAAGGACUAAAAUGUAAAUAAUGUACAGUACUACUGUGCAUUACUAUAUGUUAAAGCAUUUAAAGGGUGUUUCAGAGUAUAGAAAGGAGUGUGGGGAAGAUUAAUAAGUAAUCAUAAUAAUAAUUUAAAAAAAUAGUGGUCAUUACUUUGUGGAUUUUACCAAUUGCGGAGGGUAAUCCGGAAUUUCAUCCACGCGAUAAAGGAGGGAUUACUGUAUCUCAAAUUGUCUUUCCCCAUUUAAAUGAAAGGAAAUGCGAUUAAUCCGUUCCAGCCUACCAAAAAAUACUAACAAACAUUUUUGUAAAAGGUUUUUAAGAUAAAAAAAAUAGUACCCUAUAGUAUUUUCUUUAACAAAAAAAAACAUACAGUAGUGACGUAAUUAAAAAAAAUAUAAAUAAUUGACGUCUUUGCCACAUUUUUUGCCUCUAUUCAAUGGCAAUUGUGCUGCUCGAUCUGGGGAACAAUGGCUUAUAUCUCGAAAAGGUUCCCCUUGAUAACCACUGAGCUUGGGAAAGUUGGGGGUGAAAAAAAAUCAGAUGAAGCCAGUUUGGUUGAGUAGGGAGGUUGCUCCAGCCAGCAUGACGAUGUUCUUCUUGGGCAGGAAGUGUUCGAUGCUCAGGGCAUUGUAAGCAGGUGCGUUGGUGAAGCAACUACCAGUUGUCCUGCCACAACCCCUUUUUUCUGUGCUUGAUUGUCUGACCCACAGAAGAAGAGGAAAACUCAUAGUUUGAAAAUACUUUGUAUUUCUUUUGUGACACCAGUCCUGGAUCUUUUCUGACACACAUUAUACUUGUUUGACCUGAAACUGUGUUCCCUGGGUUAGGUAAAGCACACUACUUGUUCUCUCUUGUGUUCAUUUUCAGGUGGGAGUCUGCUCAUAUUCCAGUAUGACACAGCAUGUCCAUUUCCUGUAAAUCUUAAUAUUCCUUCACAAUGUAAAGUGAACUAUUUCUCAUAGUGCCCUAUUGUCACAGAUGAGCAUUCACAGUCAUUUGGUGGUGUUUAUGUUCGAGGAAACUGUCAUGAUUUUUCCAAAUGACGCACAAUUUCUGCUUUAAACCAACUUGAAUGAAAAGCAGAUCUUCUUUGGAUGGAAUCUUUAGGGUUCAUAUCAAAUGAAAAACUUAAGCCUGAUUUUGGUACAUCAAAUCUAACUUUUCAUCUUUAUUUGUAGUCAAGAAAAUAAAAUAUAUAUAUAUGAACAGCAGAGUGGAGUAGUUUUUGAAUGAUUGAGUUUUAUUUUAUUUUAUUUUUUCCCAAAGUUUUAUAUGAAUUUUUUAGGUGUGUCAGUCCAUUCAUUUACAAAGCAAUUCAUUAUCACGAAUACCAGUCCUGCAUAUUCGUAAGUGUUCAUGGUCAGCGAACGUGGCCUCAUCUACUACCACUAGCAUCAGUUGUACUUGAUGUUGUAUGUCAAAACAAUAAAUGUGCAUUAUUACCCGUU